AUGUUCAACGACGGUGUCGAUGUGAUCGAUACCAUUCAAAGCAAUGCCAAAGCUGGACGGAUUGCCUUCGUCGGUGGAGAGCUUUAUGACGAGACUCUCGCAUCGAUACGGCUAUAUGAUGCAGCUCGAGCAAUCGCCAACUACAUUGCUUGCCUCUUUCCCGAGAAUGUCUCUGCUUUCAUUUUCUCCGAAAACCGAUGGGAAGUUGUCGCUUUCUACCUGGGAGUCCGGCUCUUCGGAGGAUCCGUUAAGUUCCUGGACUACACUGCGUCAGAAGAUAAUGGGGAACUGUCAUUUUCAGAGAAGCUUCAACAGGAUUUCCGAGGUUGCGAACUUGUUUUAUGUGCUGGGAAGGAUCUGAUGAACGUUUUUCGUGGCACAGUGGAAAAAAAUGUGAAGAUCAUCGUUAUACCUCCAGCCCGGAUACCGUACAACGCAAUCUCGUUUGAUGAGGUCCUUCAAAUUCGUAUCAACCGAGGACUAUCGCUACAUAACGUUUGCUAUUCAGAGAAGACCUCAAGGUUACUUCGAGCAACACUGCAAAGCACCGGCCCAGCCCAAGGGUGGACUCCACAAAAUAGCUUAUGUGCGGUCAUAGCCCCCCUUCAUCAACGAGUACACUUCGACAUCGCUAUAAGCUGUAUCCUGUUGGGAAUUCCUGUUCUACUAGCCACGGUGCAUAAUCUAGACGGUUUUAUGCGAACAACUCGUAACCAUGGAAUAGAUAUCGUGUCGAUUGAUGAGCCUACUCUACUUACGCUUAAAGCGAAAUGUGAUACGCCUUCAUUAACGGUGACAACCGUACUUUUCGAAGGACAACUGACUGCAGAUUUGAAAGACAAGCUUUAUGAAGUAUUCCCCAGGAUACGAACUUUGCGAGAAGUCAACGAAGAAUUCCUGGCGAAGUUGUGA